GCGGGGGGCGCGGCGGCAGCGGCGGCGGCCGCGGCUGCUGCUGCGGCGGCGGUGGUGGCGGCGGUGGGGUGGCGGGAGCGGAGCGGCAUGGCCACGGCGGCUUCUAACCCCUACCUGCCGGGGAACAGCCUGCUGGCGGCCGGCUCCAUUGUCCACUCGGACGCGGCGGGAGCCGGCGGCGGCGGGGGCGGCGGCGGGGGGGGCGGCGGCGGCGCGGGGGGCGGCGGGGGCGGCAUGCAGCCCGGCAGCGCCGCUGUGACCUCCGGCGCCUACCGAGGGGACCCGUCCUCCGUCAAGAUGGUCCAGAGCGACUUCAUGCAGGGGGCCAUGGCCGCCAGCAACGGCGGCCAUAUGCUCAGCCACGCGCACCAGUGGGUCACGGCCCUGCCCCACGCCGCCGCCGCCGCCGCCGCUGCCGCCGCCGCCGCCGUGGAGGCGAGCUCGCCGUGGUCCGGCAGCGCCGUGGGCAUGGCCGGCAGCCCCCAGCAGCCGCCGCAGCCGCCGCCGCCGCAGGGCCCCGACGUGAAGGGCGGCGCCGGACGCGAGGACCUGCACGCGGGCACCGCGCUGCACCACCGCGGGCCGCCGCACCUCGGGCCCCCGCCGCCGCCCCCGCACCAGGGCCACCCCGGGGGCUGGGGGGCCGCCGCCGCCGCCGCCGCCGCUGCCGCCGCCGCCGCCGCCGCCGCGCACCUCCCGUCCAUGGCCGGAGGCCAGCAGCCGCCGCCGCAGAGCCUGCUCUACUCGCAGCCCGGCGGCUUCACGGUGAACGGCAUGCUGAGCGCGCCCCCCGGGCCCGGAGGCGGCGGCGGCGGCGCGGGCGGCGGCGCGCAGAGCCUGGUCCACCCGGGGCUGGUGCGCGGGGACACCCCCGAGCUGGCGGACCACCACCACCAUCACCACCACCACGCGCACCCGCCGCACCCGCACCACGCCCAGGGCCCGCCGCACCACGGCGGCGGCGCGGGGCCGGGACUCAACAGCCACGACCCGCACUCGGACGAGGACACGCCGACGUCCGACGACCUGGAGCAGUUCGCCAAGCAGUUCAAGCAGCGGCGCAUCAAGCUGGGCUUCACGCAGGCGGACGUGGGGCUGGCCCUGGGCACCUUGUACGGCAACGUGUUCUCGCAGACCACCAUCUGCCGCUUCGAGGCCCUGCAGCUGAGCUUCAAGAACAUGUGCAAGCUCAAGCCGCUGCUGAACAAGUGGCUGGAGGAGGCGGACUCGAGCACCGGCAGCCCCACGAGCAUCGACAAGAUCGCGGCGCAGGGCCGCAAGCGCAAGAAGCGGACCUCCAUCGAGGUGAGCGUCAAGGGCGCGCUCGAGAGCCACUUCCUCAAGUGCCCCAAGCCUUCGGCCCAGGAGAUCACCAACCUGGCCGACAGCCUGCAGCUCGAGAAGGAGGUGGUGCGCGUUUGGUUCUGCAACCGGCGCCAGAAGGAGAAGCGCAUGACGCCGCCCGGCAUCCAGCAGCAGACGCCCGACGAUGUCUACUCGCAAGUGGGCACCGUCAGCGCCGACACGCCGCCGCCGCACCACGGGCUGCAGACCAGCGUGCAGUGAAGGCCGGGCGCAGCGACCGGAGAGUCGCCGCCGCCGCCGCCACCGCCAACGCCAACGCCGCGCCUCCCCCGCACCGGGCCGCCCGGUCCCCGCCGGCCCGCCGCCCUCCCCUCCGCCCAAAGACAGGCAUGCCCGCCCUUGGAGGAAAGAAGAGAGACUGGCCGGCGAGACGGUUUCUGAGCCCUAGAGAAGAGGGACCAAACAAACAAAAUAUAAUAAACACCCAUACGGUAUACACAAGCAAAAGCGGAAGAGAAAAAGGGGGCGAUCCUGGGAUCGCAUUUAUACUGUGGUGAUGUUUCGCUUUUUGUUCUUGUUUUUGUUUUUUAAAAAGGGUGAAGAGGCCUAGCGCACCAAAACUGCACUCGCCAGGUUUUGCCCGCCCCGAGGAGCCCCCAGGGCGACAGGGGACAGCACCUAGCACCUGCCUCGCCCUCUCCCCUUAAAAAAAAAAAGCCCCCUUCCCCCCUCUAAAGGGCUGCCUAAAGUGACCGACCGACCGGGACUUGGUUCCUGGGAGCCUCUGAAAGCAGCAGAGGCACCGGGCUGAAUCAGGGACGACUCUGCUGGGAACCAGCUCUUCUUGGCCAUAUGAAGUCAUUUGGGGACAAACUGACUAUGAAACGGGAAGGAGAAAAAAAAGAACAGUCUCCAGCAAAAAUAAUAUCCACAGCUUCUGAAAUUAACAAGCUGAAGAGCAAAGCCAAAAGAACACGUUUCCUUCAAAUAACCUUGGAAAUAAAAACAUCACGAAGGAGCAGAGGGAUGGGCCCGGGCGAAGGGGACAUCCGCUCAUCCGUCGCCGAGUGGGAGAGGCCCCCAGGGCCGGGCACGGGCCGCAGUCUGGGCAUGGAGGGAGGCCCACCGCAGCCCGGCUGCCAGGGCUGCCUCUGGGACGGAGGAUGCCUAAGGAUUCCACCGCUAAUAAUUUUUUUAUUAAUAUUUUUUAUUUUUUAUUUCUGGACUGACUCAUAAAGGGAUUUAGAAAGACUGAGCACCAGCCGCUGCACUUCUUGGACUUCGCUCCUCAACCCGUUGCCAACUUUGAUCGAAUGGGUGCUGUGGCUGUGAUUAUAAUACUGCCAUUUCCAAGCAGUGUUUUUGGUAGGUUUUAAUAAACAGACUUUUCAAAAGACGGCAAUAUAGAUUGUUAGAUCCGUUGCUGAUCUAAAAAUAUUUGCUUUAUAUUUUCAUUAAAUGACUUCUUUUAAUAUUUUAUUCAGAAUACUUAUGAACUGCUGCAAAAUGGUAAUUUAUUUUUCCCCAGAUCUUGUAUUACGUGUUUUUUUCAGACGAGCACAAAUCAAAAUGAAAUGAAAAUAUGGACAGUUGUUAGGUAAUAAGGGUAUCUUUUGAUGUGAUCAUUUGAUUGUAAUUUAAUUUGAGUAGUGAUUCCGUAAGAGCUGAUCGAGAAAAUAAAUUUGUUAGAAUGAAAUAGUCUGUGUCUGAUGCAUAAACACUGUGUGGGAAGAAAUAGUUGGAAAAUAUUUUUUUACUAAUGCAUAUCCUUGAGUGCUAGCCUGAGGGAGCCCCGUAGCGCUGGGGCACUAAGGUGUGUUUGGAAAUCUAGAGUAAAGGACAGACUUGACAGAAAUUGCUAGUGCUCUAACUACUCGGCACUCCCUGGUAAGCUGUCAAUUUCACAGUCUUUUCCUUUCCUGUAAUUUUAAUGGAUGUUUUUAGGGGAGUAUUUACUACUUUUCUUGGAGAUACCUGUGUUCUUCACCAUCUUUAUCAAAAGAUUGGAUUACAUCACCAGUAAAAAACGUGCCAGCUGGUUAUUAAUGGUUAAUACAGAGCCCUUUUCCCAAGUUUAGCCUCUUUUCCCUCUCCUCCCCCACCACAUUGCUGUUUCUUUCUUCUUUUUCUGAAGACUAAUAGUUGUGAAGAAUAGCUUACAACUAUUCCAUUGAUAUUAUGUAAUUAAGUUUAAAUUAUUAAGCUGGUUUAGGGUUUGGUUUGUUUUGUUGGUUUGUUUCUGUAAUGAAAGAAUGGAGUUCCAAAGUCCUGACUGUGGUCCACACUGCUUUCCCCUCGGUGUGAUUACCAGCUCAGACCUAAAAGUCUGCACGUCUGUGUUUUGGUGUUUCUCCAGUGUGACUCUGUAUCCUCACUGACCCUGGGCUUUUAGCUUUUGGAUCACUCCUUAGAUAUAUCCUGCGGAGCGGUCACAUUUAUGACAUCAAUGUAUCAAUAUUUACCAUGUGGGAAAGCGAAAGUGUGAUGCCUCAGGUUGUGAGUACUAAAGACUGUGCUUAGUUGAGUCCUUUCAUACUGGACUUUUUAGAAGUAUUUGGGGUGAUAAAGCAGUGAUUUUAUAGGAUAAUUUCCCCCUAAUCCCAUUUAGCUGUCACUCACUUUUUGCCUUCUCUCAUCCUCACUUCCUCCCCCUAAGAUAUCAAUGUAGGGGUUAAAAAACCCGGAAAACUGUGCGAGCAACAAGGAGCAGUUAUUUCUUCCAGACAGACCCUGUGUCACUUUCAUAAAUCAAGCCUAGCCAGAUGGCCGUGUGUUGGGUUGCAUUAUUUUAAACACCAGAUAGUACUAAAAAUCACAAUCAUUUUGAUUUGUGAAAUCUGAAAAAGGCCAUAUUUAUUAAACAGAAAGAAGAAAAAAUGAAAAUAAGAAACCACGAUUUACUUGUCUUGGCUUUCUUGUUUCCUUCUUUCUCUUGCUAUUGAAAUCUCCCUGCCCAGCAAAUUUAAAACCUGGAGUGGAUAUAAACUUCAUCAGUUCUUGAGGGUCUACAGGGGCAAGCCAAGAAGGCCUUAUUGGAAAGCUGAGGAUUGGGUGUGGCUGUUUUUAAUGAUGGGUACCACUGGCACGUGAGAUGAAGCCCUGUUUCCCCACCAGGAAUGGCAGUGGUCGAUUAGACAGUGGGUCUGUAUAAAAUUUUAGGAGCUAUUUGCUUACUUGAUUUGGCUGACAACAAAAGAACUACCAUUCGAUUUCACACUGUUUCCUAUUAAAGAGCAACCUUUGCUGAUUACUUUGGAAGAAGUCCUGAUUUAGGGGUAACAGAGUAACUUUUAAUUGGAGAAGCUGGAAAAGCAAGACCAUUUUAUUUCAUUAUUUUGCAUUUUUAAAGUGAGUUAAUGCUGGCACUCCAUAUUUUGGAAAUCAACCCUGUGAAUGUAUCUACAAAAUGAAAUUCAUGGGUGAAAAACAAAAGAGAGCAGCUAUAACUGAGAGGUUUGUGUUAGGCUUAUAUUGUUAUACACGUAAAUAAUGAAAAUAUUGUUAUAUAUCACCAGAUCUUUUUAAUGAAUUUGGUCAUUGUAUUUCUUUGCAGAGCAAGUGUCUUGUGCUUUGUAAAGUAGCCAUUUGUUUCCUCCAUUUCAAUCCAGCCCUCCUCCCCUCCCAACCCAAAGGAAAGUGACAAAGUUCUGUUCCAUCAAUCUGGCUAAUCCCAAACUAGGCCCAUUGGUAGUCUGCAGACUCCUGUGGCUCCUGACCUGUGGUCCAAGCCUCAGCCAUCUCAUUCACCCAACCAUCUUCCCCUGCAAGUCUGGGCGAUAAAUCAUUCAAGGUGUAUGUAAAAUAGUCAUUUUGCUGUUGUUUCUCUGCCCUUUUUUUUUAGUCCUUAGCCAAGGACUGCUUCUUUGUUCCAAAACAGAACUGCUCAUUCUUGAUCUGAGAGUCCCUCUGCUUCCUUGUAGCCUCCAGCGUUUGCUCACUACCAUGCUCAUGUUUUGUGUGAAUGGUUUCAAAAUUCAGAGAAUAACUGGUUCUAAUAUUAAAUGCAGUAUAUACUAUUGAUAGUUUUAUCGAUAAGUGUAAUAUUUUAAAUAAUUUUAACAAUUAAAUUUGUUUUAAAAUUAUAUAUUUGUAAAAGUAUUUAUCUUGUUGGAAGCAACAAUAUAUUGUUGUAUUUAUUCGUUUAUUUUUGUAAUAAAUGAUCAACCGCUCAAGCUAAAUCAAAAAUGACACUUUUAUAUAUUUA